AUGCUGCUGCCCAAGCUAACUUUCCAUCUUCUGCUUGGGGCCAACUCCAAAAACCGCCUACGUGUCCUAGACCGGCGCAUCAAGAACUGCGCCAAAAAAUGGCUUAAUCUUCCCCAAAGGGCUAGCGCCGAGAUAGUUAAUCUGCCGUACGACCAUGGAGGAGCUAACAUCACUCCAUGCGGCACUUUAUCGGACAUUUGCCAAAUCACGCACAGCAUGCAUCUCUUCACGUCUAGAGACCCACGAGUACGCUCCAUCGCACUGAACACUCUCCGAAGCGUCGUCAGAAAACGAAUUCGACGGGAGCCCACCAACGAAGAUUUAUGUAUCUACUUAAAUGGGUCCAUGGAGGGCGAGUUCGGCAUCGAUCCGGCGGACAUCACAUCAAACUGGACUCGCCUCCGCAUGGCCACCCGUCGUCUUCGGAAAACUAUGGACAUAUCCUGGAACACCAUCGACGACACUGUUGCAAUCACCACGGCAGGCAACCUCAUUCCACGACAAGCCGUCUCAAAACUGCUGACCGGUAUGGCCAAAAACAGCCUUUUAAACCGUCUACUGCGCAAACCAGAUCAGGGGAAGGCAUUUCAACUCACCGCCCAACACCCGGCCAGCAAUCACUUCAUCAAAGACGGGCUUUACACAUCUUUUGCGGACUGGAGGUUCAUCCACAGGGCACGGCUGAGUGUGGUGCCACUACACGGCCUCCGCCGCUUUGGGCAGCUCUCGACUAAAUGUCGUCAUUGUGGAUUUCGGCAAGAAACUCUCGCUCAUGUCCUCAAUCAUUGCGGCCGUAAUCUCCAUCUGGCCACUGAGCGCCACAAUGCGAUUUUGAAUAGACUGCGUCGGGCAAUAAACGACCGGGACCUAACUCUCUACUGUAACCAGCGAGUCCCAGACUACGACGACAACUGCCGCCCCGACCUUGUGGCCAUCAACGAUAUCGCUAAGACGGCCACUAUAGUGGACGUAGUGGUCCCUUUCGAAAAUGGCCACAAUGCCUUCAACGCUGCCAGAGCCAAAAAGAUCGAAAAGUACUCACGUCUCGCACAACACUACCAAGCAAAAGGUUAUGACACCUUUUGCGAUGCAUUCGUAAUUGGCUCACUAGGCGCCUACGACCCGGGUAAUGUCGCUGUGCUACAGCGCCUUGGUAUCGGACGAAAAUACUCGAAAACCAUGGCAAAACUGAUGGUCAGCGACAGCAUCCGCUGGAGUCGUGAGAUUUACAUCCAGCACCUCAACUUUGGACGACACGCCCCCAACCAUCAUCAGCGUACCACAGCACAUGUCAACCAUCAGUACGGUCAACAAGGAUCCACUGCUCCCCAGACCAUCAUAAGUCAAUCACCCCAUAUUGGACAACGCAGUACGAACAUCCACAACCUACAUCGUCGCCGAAGGCCCGCAACAUCACAAUCAACUCGACAACUCCGUAUGUAUUAA